GAAUUCCCCUGUUUCAUGUUUUUCGAUUGUUUCUUUUGUUUUCCUGUUCUGGGGUUCUUUUUUGUUUUUGUUUGUUGUCAUCCUCUUAAUUAUCAGAUUUCAAGAAAAUUUCAAGAGGGUUUCUGUAUUUCCCAUUACCUAUUUAUCACUGUUUUUUUUUUUAAAAAAAAAUCUCUUAUAAUGUUCUUGUGGGUGGCUAUUGGUGUGAUCAUGUUGAAAUAAGUUUUGAUCUAGCUAUUGGUACUUUCUGGUCUUGUCUUAAUCACAUAUUGUUACCCUCUUUCGUUAUUCUUGUGGGGUACAGUGUCCCUACAGUGAUUGGAUUUAUUAGAACUUAGUUUUUAAUUUGUGAAGAAGGCUAUUUCUUGUCGGGUUCUGUCUCUUUGACUCUUUAUGUUAUAUUGCUAUUAUCUUUUCUUUUGCUAUCUUUUAACCUUUGAUCAAGUGGUGGGGUGUCUGUUUGGUGAGGCUGUUGUUUUGUUUUGUUAUAAGUGUAGACUGGGUAGUGGUUUUCUUUGAGUACUUUUGAUCAUUUGUACAACUUAAAAGUGCUAUUUUGAACUAUAUCUCUCAGGGAAAAGGAAAAAGUAAGAUUUGAUGUUAAUAUUUUGGAAACAGUGAUUCCCAAUGGUUUUUCCCCUUUUCGUGGUGUGUUUUUUGAGACCCUGUUUGACCAUCGUUGAUUUUGAGAUUUUCUUGUAAUAAGUUUUUGCUAAUUGUAAAGUGCCAACUGGUUGAGGAAAGAGGGGGGCCAAAAGAAAAGUCAUGGGGAUAGUGAAGGGAUUGGUAAAUAAAAAACUACAUAGGAAACACAAACACCUCAUAAUUUCUUCUUUCUAAAGUUCAUACUGUUAAUCCAUCUUUUUUCCGGAUCUCAACAAUGGGCACCGAUUUGCAGUUAAAAUACACUGUGUCAACCCAUCUUACUGAAGCAGCAAAUUUUGAAACUGUUUUAAUGUAGAAAAGAAUUGGAAUCAAUAGUACAAUUGACUUGAACUAUUUUUGGUAAGCAAUGCUUGCAACCCACUGCUGCCUCCCAGUCUGGCCCCUGUCUAAGUCCCAGUGUGGCUGCCUCUGAGUUAGUUAUUAUAGUUUGUAUUUGGGUUGCAAAAUAUUUUAGUUUGUCUAAAAAAUUAUUAGGAAAUAGUAAGCACUCUAACAAUUAAAAAAAGGAGGACGAGGUGGAAAUUGUAAAUGCUAUAAUAGAGAGAGAAAACUAAGUAACAAAGAAGGAUUUGAAAUAGUAAUAUUGGAGUUAAAUCUUGACUAUACCAACUAUUAUAAUUGGAGCCUCAAUCAUGGAGUAACCUAAGUUGGAGCCUAAACACCCCCUAGAAUUUUUCAUAUACGUGAGCCAUUUACUUUUUAAUACUUUAUUGAUUUUUUCACUUUCAUGACUUCAUGCAAGACUGUGGCUUUAGAAGCCGGUCAAUGAACCCUUUGUUCCUUCCAACGUAAUCUGUAAAGUGCCGAACUUUAAUGCCUCUUCAUGCUGGCCCAGAAGAUUCUCUUCUGUUGAGGAAAAUCUAAUCAUAUGAGGCAGUAUUUUUGAGUUAGUUAUGAGGACCUGUGCAAUAUGCUUGACCACCAUGAAAGCGGGUAAUGGACAAGCUAUUUUCACUGCCGAAUGCUCUCAUUCUUUUCACUUCCAGUGCAUUACUUCAAAUGUAAAGCAUGGGAACCAAAUUUGCCCUGUUUGCAGAGCAAAAUGGAAAGAAAUCCCUUUUCAAAAUACCAGUUCCGAUUGUGCUAGGCCUAGAACCAACCCUGCAGGCUUGGCCCCUGAUGAUCCAUGGAUGACGAUUGUUCGACGGAUGCCUCCUCCUCGCAGCAAUACAACUAGACAAAUCACCUCUAUUUUUCAUGGCCCUGAACCUGUAGCUUAUGAUGAUGAUGAAGCUUUAGAUCAACAACCUCAUGCCACAGAGAGAAACACAACAAAUGAUGGUGCUAGUGUUCAUAGUUGCACUGAUAAAGUAGAGGUCGAAAUGUACCCAGAAAUUUCAGCUGUUCCAAGAUCAGUUUCUCAUGAUCAUUUCUCUGUGUUAGUCCAUGUCAAGGCUCCUCUCUCUAUUGCAACAGUAAAUAACUCCAGAAACCAGGCUUCAUUGCCUCCAUUGAAUCAACCUUCUCGUGCACCUGUUGACCUCGUAACUGUGCUUGAUGUUAGUGGCAGUAUGGCUGGCACCAAACUUGCUCUACUCAAACGUGCAAUGGGUUUUGUGAUCCAGAAUCUCGGCCCUUCCGAUCGACUUUCUGUUGUAUCGUUCUCCUCGACUGCUCGUCGCCUUUUCCCACUUUGUCGAAUGACAGAUGCUGGACGACUGCAGGCAUUGCAGGCUGUUAAUUCUUUAAGAUCAAACGGUGGGACAAACAUUGCUGAAGGCUUGAGGAAAGGUGCCAAAGUGUUGGUAGACCGCAAGGUGAAGAACCCUGUUGGUAGCAUUAUAUUACUCUCUGAUGGGCAGGAUACAUAUACUUUUAAUGGUCCUAGCAGUGCUCGUCCUCAAAUAGAUUAUCAAUCCCUCCUUCCAGUUUCAAUCCAUCGCAGUAACCGAUCGGGAAUGCAGCAGAUUCCGGUGCAUGCGUUUGGGUUUGGUGCCGAUCACGACGCUGUGACGAUGCACACGAUUUCUGACACAUCUGGUGGCACGUUUUCAUUCAUAGAAACUGAAAUCACCAUCCAGGAUGCAUUUGCUCAGUGCAUUGGUGGCCUGUUGAGCGUGGUGGUGCAGGAUCUGCAAGUUGAAGUGAGAUGCAUUCACCCAAGUUUACAGCUUGGCUUGAUACGAGCAGGAAGUUACCAAGCCAGCAUCUCUGAACGUGCAAGACUAGGCUCCAUUUUCUUUGGAGACCUGUAUGCUGAAGAAGAGAGGGACUUUCUGGUCACACUCAACAUUCCGGUUGAUGAGUUUGGAGGUGAGAUGCCAUUGCUCAAAGUUAAAUGCGUUUACAACGACCCCAUUACCAAAGAGCCAAUCACUUUAGCAAAUGAAAGUGAGGUUCAAAUACUGAGGCCGGAUACAGUAGGCGAACAAGUAGUGUCAUUGGAAGUAGACAGACAGCGAAAUAGAUUCCAUGCGUCAGAGGCAAUAUCCAAGGCCAGAGUUGCCGCGGAGCGUGGUGAUUUAGCUGGUGCAGUGUCUGUGUUGGACAAUUGUUACAGAACUGUGUUUGAAUCAGCAUCUGCUCAAGCUGGUGACCAAUUAUGUGCCGCUCUUUGCGCUGAGCUGAAGGAAAUGCAGGAGAGAAUGGCAACUCGCCACAUCUACGAGUCCUCUGGACGAGCUUAUGUGCUGUCAGGAUUGAGCUCACAUUCAUGGCAGAGAGCAACUGCUAGAGGGGAUUCAGUGGACAUGGGAAGUGCAGUGCAAAGUUAUCAAACGCAGUCAAUGGUAGACAUGGUGUCUCGUUCUCAGACCAUGAUACUAGGGCCGCCACCGUCUCAAAGAACACUUCGGCCCACUCAUUCUUUUCCAGUCAGAGCACCCCAACCGUCACCACCACAGUAACUUGUAAUGGUGAAUGAUAAGGUGAAGCUGAGAAGCUCAAAAGGCCCUUCAAUUUCAACCAAUGUUUUGCUUUUUCUUCAUGGUUCUAAUUAAUAUUUUUUUUAACAUUCUCUUUAAAUUAGUUUUAGAGAAAUGAUAUUGAUUUAUUGGAUUUUAUACUGUUAGGCUUUUCAUUCAUAUGGAUGGCUUUGAAAAGAAAGCAGAAUAAGGCAUGAUGAGGGUGCCAUAAAAGGAGCUUAUUUAUAUAAAAUAGUGUGGGAAAACAAAUUCUCAUAAUAUUUUCUUUUUCUUUUUGAAAAGAACAAUUAUUAUGUAAGAAGAAGAGGAAGUCAAGAUGAUGAGUGCAGAAUAGUUGUUUAGUUUGGAGUUUGCUUUGCUUUGGUGUUUUUUUAUUUUAUUUUGCAAUUAUUGAAAUAGUGUUACAAUGGUCCAAAUUAUUAUUAUUAUCCCAACAUAUAGAUGAUAUAGUUUAUAUAUUUAUUUGAAUUA